CUCUCUCUCUCUCUCUCUCUCUCUCUCUCUCUCUCUCUCUCUCUCUCUCUCUAAUCACUCUUCGGUGGGGUGUAAGCAGAGCCACAGACCCCCUUCAAAGGGCUGUAGCGGUGGUGGCUAAGUCUAGAUGAUCCAGGUGGACUUACACCAGGGGCUCCAGUGGACAGGAGGACAGGCAGAGAGAGGUCACUUAAAUUUGUUCCAGAUGAUGUUACCUUAACUGGACUUUGCAAGGAUGUGAAAAAAUGGAUUACAUAGUUUUCUGGGAGGCGAUGAGAUUCCAGGUCAAAUUGGAAUGCUGAGAGGUACCUCUGACCAAUCAAGGAACAGAUGUAUCAAUGGAGGAUUUCAUAAGGAUUGUUCCAUACACUCAGUAACUGCAACCCAUAACUAAAAGGAAGUCACUUACUGAACACGAAGUGUUCAGAACCAUGAGCACCAAUCCAAAGAAAAUGGCGGAAGGCGGCACACAUCUCAGUCCUGGUACCCCCUCCAAACGGGUCAAAGUUUCCCAGGACCAGGUAGUUCUGGACACAGGGGACCCAGGUCCCACCCCGCCGGUGUUCCUGCGUAAGGUCCGCAAGGCUGCAGUGGGGACAGGGUGUGAUAUCCGCCUGAGGGUGUCUGUGGGGGGUCAACCUGCCCCCUCUCUGUGCUGGUACCGUAACAAUGAUCUCCUGGCCCCGCCUGGUGAGCAGGAUGUUGGGGGUCUGUGGAUCAGGGAUUGCAAGGCCAGUGACGCGGGUCUCUAUACCUGCGUGGCCAGCAACUGCCUGGGGGAGGCCCAGAGCAGCGCCCUGCUUGCCGUUAUGGACCUGGGAGAAGACUCUGAAACCACAGAGGAUGAAGCCACGGAGCCCCAGGUACCCAUGGAAACCAAGGAAGGACCCGGUGGGCGGCACCAGGACAAGGCUGGCCGUAGAGUGCCUGCAGGUGAAGGAGGUAGGAUGAUGGACUCCAGUCCCUGACCGGAGGGCCACCUUUCCUGGGGGCCAUGACCCAGUGGUGGAGAGGGAGC